AUGUAGCUGACUGUUGGUAAAUAGGGCCCGAAAGGCGGGGAAGUCGCUGUCUCCAUCUUGUCGGGGCCUGCAGCUCUUGCGACGUUGUGGAGAUGGGGAGCGUCCUGGGGCUGUGCUCCAUGGCGAGCUGGAUACCAUGUUUGUGUGGCAGUGCUCCAUGUUUGCUGUGCCGAUGUUGUCCUAGUGGGAACAACUCCACUGUAACUAGAUUGAUCUAUGCACUUUUCUUGCUUGUUGGAGUUUGUGUAGCUUGUGUAAUGUUGAUACCAGGAAUGGAAGACCAACUUAAUAAGAUUCCUGGAUUUUGUGAGAAUGAGAAAGGUGUCGUCCCAUGUAGUAUUCUGGUUGGCUAUAAAGCUGUGUACCGUCUAUGCUUUGGCCUGGCUAUGUUCUAUCUUCUCCUUUCUUUACUAAUGAUCAAAGUAAAGAGCAGCAGUGAUCCUAGAGCUGCAGUGCACAAUGGAUUCUGGUUCUUUAAAUUUGCUGCAGCAAUUGCAAUUAUUAUUGGGGCAUUCUUCAUUCCAGAAGGAACUUUUACAACUGUGUGGUUUUAUGUAGGCAUGGCAGGUGCCUUUUGCUUCAUCCUCAUACAGCUAGUCUUACUUAUUGAUUUUGCACAUUCGUGGAAUGAAUCAUGGGUUGAAAAAAUGGAAGAAGGGAACUCAAGAUGUUGGUAUGCAGCCUUGUUGUCAGCUACAACUCUGAAUUAUCUGCUAUCUCUAGUUGCUAUAGUCCUGUUCUUUGUCUACUACACUCAUCCAGACAGUUGUUCAGAAAAUAAGGCAUUCAUCAGUGUGAACAUGCUCCUCUGCAUUGGUGCUUCUGUGAUGUCUAUACUGCCCAAAAUCCAAGAAUCACAACCGAGAUCUGGUUUGUUACAGUCUUCAGUAAUUACAGUCUACACAAUGUAUUUGACAUGGUCUGCUAUGAUCAAUGAACCAGAAACAAACUGCAACCCAAGUCUACUGAGCAUAAUUGGCUACAAUACAACAAGCACUGUCCCAAAGGAAGGGCAGACUGUCCAGUGGUGGCAUGCUCAAGGAAUUAUAGGACUAAUCCUCUUUUUAUUGUGUGUGUUUUAUUCAAGCAUCCGUACUUCAAACAAUAGUCAGGUUAAUAAACUGACUCUAACAAGUGAUGAAUCAACCUUAAUAGAAGAUGGUGGAGCCAGAAGCGAUGGAUCACUGGAGGAUGGAGACGAUGUUCACCGAGCCGUAGAUAAUGAAAGGGAUGGUGUCACUUAUAGUUAUUCCUUCUUCCACUUCAUGCUUUUCCUGGCUUCACUUUAUAUCAUGAUGACUCUUACCAACUGGUACAGGUAUGAGCCUUCUCGUGAGAUGAAAAGUCAGUGGACAGCUGUCUGGGUGAAGAUCUCUUCCAGUUGGAUUGGUAUUGUGCUAUAUGUUUGGACACUGGUGGCACCGCUUGUUCUUACAAAUCGUGAUUUUGACUGAGUGGAACUUCUGGCAUGAAAGUCCCGCUUUGAUCAUUGCUUAUUUGAAAUUAACAGUAUUCCAAACUUUUGUAAAGUGUGUGUGUGUGCUUCCCAUGUAAAUCUCUAGUGUUGGUCUGGCAUGAAUUAGAGUUGACUGCUUGCCAUUUUAUUCAAUAUUUUCUUGCAUAUUCCAUUGAUAUGUGUGUUAGACUGAAUUGCAAGGGGAGAGUUUUAUGAAUAUGGUGGUAACUUAGGAACAGUGAGCAUUGUUAGGUUUAUCCUUUGCUCUGUUCUUGUGAAAUUAGAGUAAAAGUAAAACUUUGCUUAACAGUUUGAUUUUAAAACUAUGUUAGAACUUAAGCUACUUUAGAAAGUGUAAAAGGAAAUGUAUGGCUACUUUUUGAAAUCUUGAUGCUUUCCUUUAUAGGACAGUGCAAAGAAUGUGCUAUUCUAAAAUUAUAUAAAACAAGUCACUUCAAUACCAUUUUUCUAAAGAAUCUUGUCAGGUUUUCCCCUUGAUGUGUAGAUAUGGUAGGGAGUGUUUGAUGGACAAAGAUUAUAGGUUGUACAUGGAGGUUAUGAUACAGGGCCUUCAUAGGAAGUCAGAUUGGCAGAAAAUCAGAAAGAAAGUAAGUUAGAUUGUAAUCUUCCCUUAGUAGGAUGGCUUUAUUCCAUACCUACAUAAUGAACUUUGUUUGGGUCAUGAUAAAUACGUGCACAAGUAUGGGUUUAAUGGAGAUGGUAGCAACUCUGAAGGAUUUAGACAAAGGUUUUGGAAAGGAUAAUCAUGGGUUAGAAGGAAGUUGUUUAAAAAAAACACCACUAAAAGGUUAAUUUUGAAAAAGGUGGUAAACUUGAUAGGGCAGGAGGAAACUGCAAAAACUUGGCUUCAGUUGGUGUUUAAACGAAACAUAGUCCAAUGUUCUUAUUUUAAAAUGAAGAAACAGAACCACAGAUUUAUACUGAUUAUAUAGCUAAUUAGUGGCAAAACUAGGAAAUUCCAAGUUUGCCAAAAGUAGCAUUCUUUCUGGCAUUCAAUAAUAAUUUCUAUUCAAAAUACAUGCAUAAAAAAUUUUAUACCUCAUUAGUGGUGAAUAAUUGAUGUGAUGUGGGCUAGUGGUGCUCAGCAUGUCCUCUGCCUAUAGUCUGAGGCCAGGAGAAUGAUGGAUGCUGUAGAAUAAGCAGUGCACUGUGCAGUUCAAAAGAUGUUUAAAAUGCUUUUGUAUUUGCUGCCCUGUAAUUGAACUGUGUAGGUUAUUAUAAUCUGUCAACCUGAAAAUCAAGCACUAUGACAGUUAACUUAGAAACACUAAAUACUUGUAUAUGUCAUCUGUGACUUAAUGAAGCUUUUAAUAUACACAUUUGCUUUUUAAAAUAUUUAUUAUUGUAUAUGGAAUAUAACAAUUCAACUUAAUUCCCCAGCCUUACUCUGUGUAAUAUUGUAUUCCAAGAUUUUGAAUGGCUGUGUUCUAUCUCUAAAUAAACGAGUUCAGAGAAA